AUCAGGAAAGGAGUCCCAUCCCAUGGCCUCCCACUCCGGGGAGCCAGGGCUCCUGCCCUGUGGGUCCUGUGACAUGGUUUUCCGUUCCUGGGCCCUGCUGGCCACCCACACUCAGCGCUUCUGCAUUGGCCGUCAGCCCCGGGAGCUGACAGUUGGAGAACAGCCCCCAAUAGCCACUGAACCACGUGUACCCAGGGUUGUGCCCCAAGAACACCAGGGCCUCCCAGACCAGGAGGCCAACAAAUCGGCUCUGAAGAGGCUAACAGAUGAGGUGCAGCGGCUGCGGCUGUAUCUGCAGGAAAUGCGACCCAGCAUAACAGAGGUCCCCAGCGGGUCACAGGGGCCCUGGAGGCGGUCAGCGGCACCGACUCAGGGUCCCAACUACGAGGCUGCUGGGAGCCCCAGCGAGCGGCUGUGGGCGCUGCACCGGACUCACGCAAGGCGCUUGGCAGAGACCAAGGCACAGAGCUGUGCCCUGGAGCGACGCGGCGAGGAACUGAGCCGGCAACUCCAAGGUUUGACUUGGACCCGGGACGGGAAAUCACGCAUAUUCAGCCUGGAGCGGGAGCUUCGAGAACUCCGGGCAGAGGCCGGGCGAACGCGGGGUGCUCUAGAGGAGUUAGGGGCGCACGUUCAGCAGCUACAGGCCAACCCCGGGACCCGGCUGAACGCCUUACGAGAGGCAGAACUCUGUGGUCCGGGGCUACAGGCAAACCCAGGGACUCUGGCUGCGGAGAUCGGGGCCCUGCGUGAGGCCUACAUUCGAGGCGGGGGCCGGGACACUGGCGUUCUGGGCUGGAUAUGGCAGUUACAAGUGGAGGCGUCAGCUCUGGAGCUUCGGCGGUCGCGGACUCGCAGGGGAAGACAGGCAGGUGCCGCAUUCCAGGAGCUUCUAGCAGUGGAGGCUGAAAAUCGGCGCCUGGAGGCAGAAAUCCUGGCUUUGCAGAUGCAGAGGGGUGCAGGCCAGGUGCCCUGGGGGCACAGGGAGCCGAGACUUGUGGCCCAUCCCAGCCCACGCCUGAGAAGGAGGGAAGAUCCCCCAAGCCUCCCGACUCCAGUGGCUCCCCCGCUUCCGCCGCUUCCGCACUCCACAGGCGUCCUAUUCUUGGGUGGCGCUGAAAAGGCUUCGCAGCUUCCUGGAACCAUGACCAGGAACCUGGGCCUGGAUCCACACUUCCUCCUGCCCACAACUGACGUUCUGGGCUCUGCACCCUAUGACCCUGGGCCUGUGUUUCCUAGGGCUGGCCUUGUCAUUUUCUAUGACUUCCUGCGGGGCCUUGAGGCUUCUUGGAUUUGGGUGCAACUAAUGACUGGCUUGGCCCGAGAUGGACAGGAUACAGGAGGGACCACAGCGUUGCCCCCAGCCCUUUGCUUGCCCCCACCUCCAGCUCCUGGGCCCAUGGGCAACUGUGCCAUCCUUGCCAGCAGGCAGCCUAUACCCAGACUACCACCCUCAUCAUCAGUAUCCUUGGUCUGUGAGCUGCAGGCCUGGCAGGGGCUGGCAUGGGCUAAGGCACCACUGCCAAAAGCCUGGGCCUCACUGGUGCUAUUUGACCGGGAUCAGAGGGUGCUGAGUGGUCGUUGGCGUCUCCCACUUCGGACCCUUCCUCUGGACCCCAGCCUUAGCUUUGGGCAGCUGAAUGGGAUUCCCCAGGUAGGUCAGGCCGAGCUCUUUCUGAGGCUGGUGAAUGCAAGAGAUGCAGAUGUCCAGACACUGGCAGAGAUCAAUCCAUCAAGUGCCCACGAGUACCAGUACCCACCUCUGGUGCCCAACUCAUCUUCACUGGAGGCCAGCUCCCUGGCCCCAACAGCCGGCUUUGUUGACCCCCCUCCUCCUGAAGACCCCCACCAGUGGCAGAGUCAAGCACAGAGAGGAGGGUUUGGGCCCUCAGCACAGCUCUGACCCACCCCCACUGGCUUUUUUUGUGUGUAAGAACGGGCGUAUGAGUAGCUUCACAGGCACAGGACUGGGGCCUAGACUGAGGCCUGUUCUCCCAUCUGCAGCUUUACUACUCUGUGUUCUGACAGAGGGUCUGGAAGCAAAUACAGAUGUGAACACAUAACAUGAGCUCCAAUCACAGCUCUGCCACCUUCCACAAGUACUUGGCCUUUCUUAUUAUCCUGUAAAAAAGAUUGAUGUGAGGAUUAAACAGAUAUGUCAGGUAUUUACAGUAUUGCCUGGCAUAUAAGAAAAUUCUCUGAAAGGUGACUUGGAGAUAGUCUUUCAUCCAGCUAAAGGAACUUGAACUCAUUCCCACCUGUUUUUUUUUUUGCUAAAGCUAGUCUUACCACCCACUUCUUUAUCCAAAUCCAAGCUUCUUCAGGAUAUCGUCCAGAAAGCCUUCCAGGUUCUCAAGGUCACCAUGAAACAGGGAGCUCCUGUAGCUGUAUAUACUUACAGAAAGACAACCCAGUCAAGUUCCUCCCAAGUUGGCGGCAGGGAUGGUCACAAGUGAAACCUGAAUUGUUAUACUGGGUGUGGCCCCAGACCCCAGUGUCAGCCACAGGUCAAAGGCCUGGUAGUCAAGAGCUCCCUCUGCCUCCAACAUUGGAUAUUCAAACUGCAGGUUCUAACCUGCUGUCUGUACAGUGCAGCAAAGUAGCCCUAUGAAUGCUGGAAAUACUAAACCCCUUAGGUAGUAGAGGGCAGGCACUGUUUUGAAUUCAGAUCCAAAUACUGCCUGGUGUACAGCAAUUUCUUAAAGGUCAGGUCAGAGGCAGCUGAGUCUCACAUUAGCCCUGAACCCUGGACAUCAGCGAGGGCCCAAUGGGAUGGCUUUAGUAACAGUGCCCUAAGCACCAGCACCCUUACAGUGGGCAGCCAGAAUUGCUGAGCCAUCAUCCACCUUUCAACCCCACAUCCCACUGAAAUGCUCCAGGCAGCCCAGAAUCCCACUCUAAGAUCUUUAAACACAAGUCCAGAGACCAAGAGCUUUUUAGCAUCUUUAUUUAAGAAGUCAAAACUGUGGACAGGUAACAAUUCCAACUGUUGAUAUUUUCUGUUAUAACAAAUAUAACUCAACCAGCCAGUUCUCCCCACAGAUUCCUUCUUCCAACCACAUCCAGAGUGUCCAUCAGUCAGUCAGUCCCUUAGUCACUUUCAAACCAGAAAGCUCAAUUUUCUACAAUUAGUACACCAGUUUCCUCAAGGAUCACUCCCCGCUCCCCAGCCCCAAGUUUUCUUCAGUUCUUUUUUCCAGGACAGGAUUAUGGCCCCAGUUGGAGACAAGAUGGAUAAGACAGGUGCCACCUAAGGCCUAGCUUAGAAGUUAUCAGUUCACAGUCAAAGUCCAUCAAACAGUAUCAGCACCGAAGAGCAAGAUCUUUACCAAGUCUUGUUUUUUAUAGCCCCUGUCCAGGGAGAGCACCAUUCAAAGUUCACAAGACAGCUGGGUUCAGAGGAUUUAGGAUGGAAAAAAUAUAGCACCAUUGGAAGAUAAGGGCCUACAGCCACACUUGAUUUCACCACCUC